UCGCUACGUUUGAACACGCAGAAUGCCUCGAGGGCGAGGUUCUUCUGUGUCAGUGCCCGAGAAGCCUAAAGUUGACGAAGGAGUCAGUUCUGAUAAGGAUAACAGCAGGCAUAAGAGGAGCCCUUAUUUGUUGCUGGGAUUGCUGAUACUCUUCCUUCAUGGAUCAUGGUCUGUUUACCGUAUGCAGUUUGCAAGUCUUCCUUUGCCCCUUAAUGCUGAGCAGGCUGGUAAGCGUGGGUUUUCAGAGGCUUCUGCCCUUAAGCAUGUCAAGUACUUGUCAGGCCUGGGUCCUCAUCCUGUUGGUUCAGAUUCCCUCGAUCUUGCUGUGCAGUAUGUAUAUGCAGAAGCAGAGAAAAUAAAGAAGAUAGCUCAUUGGGACGUUGAUGUUCAACUGGAGUUGUUCCACACAGAUAUUGGUGCAAAUCGUCUAGCUGGGGGCCUUUUCAAUGGAAAAACACUCCUGUAUUCAGAUCUUAAGCACGUGAUCCUCAGAAUUGUUCCCAAGUAUUUACCAGAAGCUGAAGAAAAUUUGAUUCUCGUCUCUUCUCAUAUCGACACAGUUUCGACAACGGGAGGUGCUGGAGAUUGCAGUUCAUGUGUAGGAGUCAUGCUAGAGCUUGCACGGGGAGUGUCUCAGUGGGCUCAUGGGUUUAAGAGUGGUGUCCUGUUUCUGUUCAACACAGGGGAAGAAGAGGGUCUUGACGGGGCCCACAGUUUUAUAACUCAGCACCACUGGAGAAACUCAGUACGUUUCGCUAUUGAUUUGGAAGCUAUGGGUAUCAGUGGGAAAUCCACACUUUUUCAGGGCACUCAUCAUUUUGCUUUGGAGAGCUUUGCUGCUGUAGCGAAAUAUCCAUCUGCUCAGAUAGCUACACAGGAUGUUUUCCGUUCUGGAGCAAUAAAAUCUGCUACAGAUUUCCAAAUAUAUCAGGAAGUUGCUGGUCUUCCUGGCCUUGAUUUUGCAUAUACAGAUACAACAUCCGUGUAUCACACAAAGAAUGACAAAAUGGAGCUUCUGAAACCAGGAUCGCUUCAGCAUAUUGGAGAAAAUAUGCUUGCUUUCUUACUGCAUGCUGCUUCAUCACCAAAAUUUAUGAAGGAUGCACAGCAGGCAAAGCAAGAGAACACAGAAGAGAAGAAAGCAAUUUUCUUUGAUAUUCUGGGCAUGUACAUGGUGGUCUACUCACAGCGACUAGCAACCAUGUUUCACAACUCGAUAAUAUUUCAGUCACUCCUGAUAUGGGGAACAUCACUGCUUAUGGGUGGACGUCCUGGGCUUGUAUCGUUUGGAAUAUCAUGUUUGAGCAUUAUUCUAACAUUGAUAUUUUCUGUCUUCUUACCGGUUGUGGUAGCAUUUGCUCUGCCACAUAUAUGUCCCUUUCCUGUUUCCUUUGUUGCGAAUCCGUGGUUAGUUAUUGGCUUAUUUGGUUCACCUGCACUGCUUGGGGCAUUCAUUGGUCAGCAUAUUGGAUUUAUUAUCCUGAAGAAGCACAUUAACCAAGUCUAUUCAAGAACAAAGCCAGGUCUAACUGGUAACACGAUAGAUUACAUUGUUAGCCUGGAAGCUGAGAGGUGGAUUUUCAAAUCUGGUUUCGUCCAAUGGCUCAUAGUUUUGAUAUUGGGAACCUAUUUGAAGGUUGGGUCAUCCUAUGUAGCACUCAUCUGGCUUGUUUCGCCUGCUUUUGCAUAUGGUCUUAUGGAAGCAACACUAUCUCCUGUAAGGUCACCUAAACAGCUUAAGAUCUUUACACUGGUUCUGGCUCUGGCUGUGCCAGUUGUGUCAUCUGCUGGUUUGUUUAUUCGCAUGGUUGAUGUGAUGGUUGGAAGUAUUGUACGGCUUGAUAGGAACCCUGGUGGACUACCAGACUGGCUUGGGAAUGUAGUAGUUGCCGUUGGCAUUGCUAUAGUUGUCUCUUUUACGUUUGUGUAUCUUCUUUCAUACGUCCAUAUCUCAGGUGCGAAAAGAACACUUUUUUCUGUGUUGUGUGCAUUAUUUGGUCUUGCCCUUAUACUGGUAUCAAGUGCCAUUGUUCCAGCAUUCACAGAGGAUAUUGCUCGUCCUGUAAAUGUUGUGCAUGUUGUUGAUACUACAAGAAUGAACACUGGAAAUACAGAUCCGUUAUCCUAUAUUUCCCUGUUUUCGAACACACCUGGAAAGUUGACAAAUGAAUUGGCGGGCCUUGGAGGGGAAGAAUUUUCUUGCGGAAGGAAUAUGACAGUUGAUUUUGUGACAUUUACUGUGAAGUACGGCUGUAGGAGUUACAAAGGGAGCAAUACUGGAUGGAGCAAAUCUGAAGUCCCAGUGCUCCAUGUUGAAAGUGAUUCUGCUGCAGAUGAUGUCCGUAGAACAGUAGUAUCCGUUGAUACCAAGUCAUCUACACGCUGGACUCUCGCAAUCAAUAGGCAGGAAAUCGAUGACUUCACUGUUGAUGUGGAUUCAGAGCAGUUGGUUCAGCUGGGCGGCAAGAGUGAGGUAGAUGGAUGGCACACCAUCCAGUUUGCAGGUGGCAAGAGCUCACCAACGAAAUUCCAGCUAACCCUUUUCUGGUCAAGCAACGCAACACAUGCAUCUGCAGAAGAGGCUGAAGUACAAGAUUCUCCUCUCUUGGUAAAACUAAGAACGGAUGUGAAUAGAGUUACGCCGAUGGUUGAGACGGUCCUUGAAAAGCUUCCACGUUGGUGUACACCUUUCGGCAAGUCCACGUCCCCUUACACGCUGGCUUUCUUGACCGCUCUCCCUGUCAAUAUUUAGGAAAGGCACAUUGGUUCCCCCAACUUCGUGUAUGGACAAUUUGACGUAGUACUCGUUUAUCUUGUAUCUAGCUAUUCCUGUUAGGCAGAGGCAUUAUGUUAGGUCAGUACUUUCCAUUGCAUUCAUAUCUUCACGACGUACACAAAAAGCUGUAGCAACUUUGAGUUCAACAGUACCCUGUCGAAGCAUCAGACAUACGUAGAAGAUAGCCAUGGGUCAAGAUGUGUCCUACGAACGAAUAGUUGUUUGCUGUGAAAAAACUUCAGAUAGAGUGGUGGUUGUAAUAAAGACGGGUGUAUUUGGAUGUUAGUCACGAAAACAAUUGAAUGCAUUGCCAGAUUUGAGACA